CACCGUAUUAACACCAAAGAAGAAGAAGUAUGAGCUAAUCUGUGUUGUUAGCAAGUCGACAAUAAUUAAACUGAAAAACGUAACACGGUACAGACAUGUCAGCAGACACCAAGAUUGCCGAGCUGCUCACAGAGCUGCAUCAGCUCAUCAAACAGACCCAGGAGGAGAGGUCACGCAGUGAACAUAAUCUGCUCAACAUUCAAAAAACACAUGAGAGGAUGCAGACAGAAAACAAGACUUCUCCAUACUACCGGACAAAGCUUAGAGGACUGUACACCACAGCCAAAGCAGAUGCUGAGGCAGAGUGCAGCAUUCUGCGUCAUGCUCUUGAUAAAAUAGCGGAGAUCAAGUCUUUGUUGGAGGAGAGGAGAAUAGCUGCUAAGAUGGCGGGAGUUUAUAGUGACAGCGACCCUCCCAGAAAAACGAUGAGGCGAGGCGUCCUGAUGACACUCCUCCAGCAGUCAGCCAUGACGCUCCCCCUGUGGAUUGGCAAGCCGGGGGAGAGCCCGCCUCCUCUGUGCGGGGCCACCCCAGCCAGCAGCGACUACGUGGCCAAACAGGGCGACAAGGUGGCAGCGAGGGUGAAGGCCGUGGACGGAGACGAGCAGUGGAUCCUGGCUGAGGUGGUCAGCUACAACCACUCAACCAACAAGUAUGAAGUGGACGACAUUGAUGAAGAGGGCAAAGAGAGACACACUCUGAGCAGACGGCGGAUCAUCCCUCUGCCUCAGUGGAAGGCCAACCCAGAGACAGAUCCAGAAGCUCUGUUCAGCAAGGACCAGCUGGUGCUGGCCCUCUACCCCCAGACCACCUGCUUCUACCGGGCCCUCAUCCACACUCCACCACACAGGCCUCAGGACGAUUACUCAGUGCUAUUUGAGGACACAUCAUACGCAGACGGUUACUCCCCUCCGCUCAAUGUGGCUCAGCGAUACGUGGUCGCCUGCAAAGAGAACAAGAAGAAGUGACUGGCGACUGGAUAUCAGGGCGCCAAAGGAUGAAGAUGAAGCCUGUUUGAGAGCAUUGUCGUAUUUUGAAAUUGCAUCGAUCUCCAUUUUUGUAUAAAAAGAUGUUCAGAAAUAUCGGUCAAAACUCAAAUUAGGCUCUCAUGCUUUUGAUUCAAAUAAUAUGGAGCAGGUUCUGGUCUAUUGAUUGAUCACUAAAGGUGAUAAUAAAUUCAAAAACCUAUGUUGAGGUGAGCUGAGGUGAGAGACACCAGUCAGUCAAGGAAAACCUCUCCUGACAGACCUUUGUUUUAAUACUUAUCAUCUCUUAGAUUAGACUGUCAAAAUCGCCACCAAGAUAAGACUACUACUACUACUACAUACUUUGCAGUGUGGAACUGGGACACAGCAACUGAGUUUGUAUUCUAGAAGAGAGCGAGGAGCAUCUAGCGGCCAGCAGAGGAACAUUUUACUGAAAACACCAGCUGGAGCACCCAGCUGAUUGCUUAUUCUGCCUUGAAGGGCCUAAACUGUACAUUUUUUACAUGUCAAGUGUUGAUGAUUGUUGUGUGAAACAAAAACUUUGAGACCAAAAUG